AUGGCACCAAAGAAAGGUGACGCAAAAUCAGCUGCUAAGAAAGGCAAGUCAGAUGAGCCAAAGAAGGGAGGAAAAGAAGACAAGAAGGGAACAAAAGAUGACAAAAAAGGUGGCAAAAAGGCUGAUGAGCCACCAGCAAAGGGUAAGGGGAAAGAUGAAGGGAAGAAGGGAAAAGGAAAGAAACCUGUCAGUGAAUCAGAAGAAGGUUCAGAGGAAGAAGAAGAGGAGGUUAUGUCUGAGGAACAGGAAAGUGGUGACAGUGAAGAAGAGGUAGUAACCAAGAAGGCAGCCAAGGGAGAUAAGGGAAAAGGCAAGGCAGCUCUAAAAGGAGCAUCCAAAGCUAUGGCUAUGAAACCUAAACGCGGUUCCCCUGAUGAUGACGAAGAUGAAGGUGAUCCAAAGAGAAAACCACAAGUGAAAAAAGGCAUGGAUGCAGUAAAUCUAAAACAGAUGAGUGAUCUCAAAGGAGCUUCUAAGAGCAUGAUGGGCUUGGCUGCAGCGGGGCAAAAGAACGUUAAAAAAGUAGAUGCAACAUCUCACCUUAAAGGAGCCUCCAAAGCCCUCUCAAGUAUUGCUGGAAAGUCCUCUCUUUUUAGCCUGCCUUCUAAACAAGCUGACAAAGCAAAGCCAAAGAGAAACCUUAAAAGUACCUCUCGCCUCUUUCUACGACUUUCCAAAAAAAAGAAACCCUCUUCUGGCGGUAAACCUCUUCUUGGUAACAGCAAACUUUUUGCUGGCUUUGGGGGGAAAUCUGGGUCUGCUGACAAAAAACCUGGUCUGUCUGGUUUCAGUUUGUUUAACAAAAAAGAAGAUGCCUCUAAAAAAACACUGAAUCUAUCCAACUUAGGAAAUAAGGGUAAUAAAAUGGCAACUGAGGCAAAGGGAUUAGGAGGGAAGUUCAAAGGAAUGUUUGGAAAAAAGAAAGCAGGACAAGGAUUUAAGAGUAAAAGCUGGAUGGUUGGUAGGAUGGCUGCAACAACUAACUGGUUGACGGGUAGGUUUUUGUCUUCUAUGGGUCAUGGCCGGCAUGGAGGGCGGGCAGGGCGACGGGGAAAAAAGAACCUAUCCUUUGCUAGCAGGGAUACCAGAGAAGGACAUGCACAUUAUUACAAUGGAGCCUAUGAAUAUGAUGAUAAUUAUGGAUAUGAAGAAGACUACCAUAACAGGUGGGGACCACAAAGAUCUGAAAGACAACCAUUUAACUAUGAUCCAACUGAUCCCUAUGAAGAGCAAUUAUACUAUGAUGAUGAUGAGUGGGAGGAUGAGUAUGGUUAUUAUGAUGAUGAGGGCGACUUUUAUUAUGACGAUGAGCUUUACUAUGAUGAUGAUGUAGAUAACUCUGGUUACCCAUAUGGUUAUUAUGAUGAUGAAUAUGAAGACUACAAUGGCCAUGAUGGGGCAGAGUAUUACUAUGGAGAAGAUGGAUUUCUGUACUCUGUAGAGCCAGACCCAUAUAGUUAUUAUGAUGAUACCAUGUAUGGGUUUCAUGAUUCAUUUUACCCUGAACAAUAUGUGGAUUAUUUUGACCACAAUAUGGCUUCUAACUAUGGUAUGCCAAACCCAUAUGGGAUAAUGAGCGGCACCUAUGAUACAGUCCCAGGAAUAUAUAAUGACCCAAUGCUUGCACAUGCGCAAAGUGCUCAAAUGUACAACCCUUAUCAGCAACAGGUCACUAUGAAUCCUGGACUUAGUCUGGCUGAGACAGGACAGCUAUUUGGACAGGAACAAUUUUUCUCUGCUGUACCUGAACAAUUUCCAUCUGAACAGUUCAGAGUCCCUAGGCCCCAAGUUAUGAUGUUUGGAAAAGAGAGACUAGAGGUUGAAACUUUGCCACCACCUUCUCUUCAUACUCAACCCUUUCCCCAAAUGUUUCCUACUACCAAUCCAUCAUUGGUUCUCAAUAAUCAGGAAAUUCUAUCAGAUGUACGAAUUGAACAACCCAUCCCAGCAUACCUUUCUGCACAGUCUCCUCUGCCCAUUGACAUCAAACAGCAACUUCCCGCCAUUCCUUUUGGAGAUCCUAACUUUCCUACAGCUGUGAUCAAUCAUCAAGAGUACUUUCCUUCUCCUCAGCUAACUAAUGUUACUUUUACUGUUCCUCCCAACUAUGUGUCCCCGUCCCCUUUACCACCUCAAUUUUCUUCCCAGGUUUAUCAAGUACCUCUACCACAGGACUCACAAAUGUUUCAGUUGGGGCAAAUUUCACCAGGAACCCUGCAAAUGCAGCAACCAGUGUAUUCACCACUUCAUUCACCAAUGGUCUCCCCGGUGCCAGUCCGAAAAAUGAGUCCCCUUCUCUCUCCACAGAUGUCGUUAAGACCGGGAUCACAAAGGGUACAAGGGCCUCCUUCACCUCACUUCUCACCACAUCCAAUGGACUUCAAAUCAAGCUUUCAGUCAGACCCUUACAUUUCUCCUCGCCUACAUAGACACACUCACCGGGCCUCAAUGGUAAGUCAACGGCCCACAACCCCAGUUGAAUGGCAAAGAACAUCAAGCCCCCCUUCUUCUCCACCGUACUAUAGGAGAGGGAUGUCAGUAAGAGCUCAACCAUCCUUGAAACAAGGAGGAAGGGGAAUAGGUUUACGCAGGGGUCCCUCCACUGUCAGACACCAUUCCCCACUUUCUAGUCCCCUGUCUUCACCACGAGCAUCACUAAGAAAAAGACAAAGUCCACCUUCUUCCCCAAGAUUGUCUUUCAGGCAGCAACCUCCUCCAGAUGCAGUUCAUCUGCCCCCUGUGAGACCACAUUUGUUUAAAGGAAGAAAACAAACAUCUAUGAUGAGGGGUUCUCCUUCUCCACCUCUUCCUUCUCCACAAAGGCAGAGCCUAAUUCAGCCUGAAGCAUCCCGUUCUCCACCAAAGUCUUUCCGGCCCACUUCUCCCCAUCAUGCCCCCUCCCCUUCACCUUCACGGGUCUCUGCUCGACCCCUUCCAACCCGCUCCUCUACCCGAAGGCUGAGAGGAAGUCCUGGAGUGAGAAGCCAUGUCCCUAUGGGAGCUGUGAAACCCUCACCAGCUAAUCCCUAUUUACAAAGACGCAGUAGACCUGGACCCCCUGUAACUCAGCAAGUAGCCCCUUUUAGGUCAUCUAUACAUAGAGGCCCUGCCUCUCCUUCAGGAGAAAUGGGUUCUGGAACAACCAUGCUAGCUAGAUCAAGCUCUCGGCCUGCAGGCCUACGGGAAACUAAACGAACUGGUAGUGUCCAAGGAGCCUUCCACAGACCUGUAGGUCGUGGACAGCCUUUAGUACGAAUGCCCAGAAACCAACCAUCUCUUCAAUCAAGGCAGUCAUUCAGAGCUUCUCCAGCAGUGCCCCCAUUAUCUCCCCAGCCAUCUUUAAAACAGAGUGGUCCUGUUUCUCCGCAGCCAUCUAUCCGAAGGCUCCAGAGUAGACCCCAAUCUCCACAGCCCCUGCCACAUAGAUCUCCUCUGCCCUCCCGCGCUGCUUCUCCCAUGUACCAUAUGUCUCACCCAGCUUCUCCCUUACCUCAUCGAUUAGUAAGACCCCACAGUCUGGGGCCAGCUUCCUUUCAACCUCUUGCACCUCAGUCUAAUCUUACUCAUGGUAUCCACCUUCCAUCACAGGGGAUUACUCAGUAUAACUAUACACUAAUGGACCCAGGUCCAUCUCCCAUGCUUACCAACGCUUUACCAGGUUCUCAGGUUCUCCCUCAACAACUUCCACCAUCCCCUAAUUUUGGGCAUACAGUCCGUAAUCCUUAUUUGCAAAAUGCUGGCAUUACAACACCUUUGCAAAGGAUCCCUUCUCCCAUACCAGGAAUGCAAGGGGAUGAAUCAAUCAUUGCACAAGAGACCCAGAUGGUAAACCCAUAUGGGCCUCAGGGUUUAUCCACUGCUUUGAUGCAGAAUUCCCGCUUACGCACUGCCUCAUAUUCAUCCCCUCUACAGUACAGUGCCAAUCUCCAUACAACUGUUCUGCCUCCCUCACAUCCCCCUCAAACAGCAGCUCCUCUACCCACUUCUUCUCUUACCUCUCCACACUUGUCCUCCGCUAUGCUUACCUCUCAGUUACGUAAUGCUUCCUUUGCAUCUCCUUUUCAGCAACACCUAUCUCCAGCUUCAGCAUCACCAGCUCCAGCUUCCAUCACGCCUCCACAAGGAAGUGUUAGAGGUAGCUCCCCACUUUUCUCUGGAGGACUGCGAACUUCCCAGAUUCAAGGGUCAAUGUUCAAGCUUCCAAGUGGUACUUUGGCAAUGUCGAAGGGUCCUGUAGAAGUUACAGGUACAAAUGACCUUGGAGUUAGUGCUGGUAACGGAAGGCUUUCCCCCUCGGUGCUCUCCAAUGCUCUUCAGAACCCACAUCUACGUCAGGCCACAUACAGACUACCUGAUGGCUCAUUGGUUACCAGAAAUGAACCUGUUGAACUCGCACCAGGUCCUUCCCCCAUGUCUUCCUCUAUGCUGUCCUCUGCCCUGUUAAACUCUAAUGUGCGUAAAGCUACAUAUAGGUUGCCAGAUGGAACUUUGGUCACUAGAAAUGAGCCAGUCCCUGUGUCUUCCUCCCCCAUGCUCUCCUCAGCCAUUCUUAAUUCAAAUGUCCGAAAGGCCUCUUAUCGACUACCAGAUGGAUCAUUUCUUACACGUCCAGGAGAGAAUGUGGAGACUGCUGAGAAUGCAUCCUCUUCACUUGGGCUAUCCAGUGCUCUGAUGAACACAAACCUCCGCAAGGCAAAGUUUCAACUACCAGAAGGAUCAUCUCUGUUUUCAAAAAAUCAGCCUCAAAGUCCUUCAAGCCCUCUCCUUUCUGGUGCUUUGCUAAAUAGCAACAUCCGUGGCGCUUCAUACAAUCUCCCAGACACAUCCUUAUUGAGGCAAUGUCAUACUGCUGAUACUCCUGAACAACGUUCACUUGAUCUCUCUAAUGCUCUCCGCAACCAGAACCUCCGAUCUUCUUCCUACCGCUUGCCAGACGGAACACUCAUGACACGCUCCCAGGCUGCUUCUUCACCUCAAUCAUUUGACCUGUCAAAGGCAUUAUCAAAGAACCCAAACCUUCGGGGAGCAAAUUAUCGUCUCCCUGAAGGUAAUAUUAUGACACGGCUUGGGGCCCCCAGCGCUCCACAACCCCUUAACCUUUCUGGUGCUUUACGGAAAUCUCACCUACAGGGGGCUUCUUUUCGCCUUCCUUCAUAUGCUGUAGUAUCACCACAUGUCCAAGGAACUGGACCUGAACAGCACUGGGCACAAGGUUCAGGAGCGGACGUCAUGCAAGAAGAUCUAGAUGUUUGGGGGGCAGAGAGGGUUCUCCCUCAUGGGACAGUGGAGAACCUCAACAAGUGGUCAAUGUAUGGAGAUGGAGAAUUUCCUGAACACAUCCAGAGUCUAAUGAGACAAAGACCUGAAGGGGAGGAACCAGGGCAGUGGAAUCUGAACAGAGAGGGGGAACCUCAGGGGCAAUGGUAUGACAAGAUGUAUUCAAUCAGAAGCAUGCCCACAAUCACUCACCGGGACUUCAGGGAGGAAGACGGUGUGGAAGACAUGACUCAGUUAGAUGAGAUGAUUGAGGGAGCUGUUUUGCUGAAUUUAAGGAGAAGGUUUGACAGACAGCUUAUUUACACAUACAUAGGUAGCAUACUGGUGUCUGUGAAUCCCUACAAGAUGUACAACAUUUAUGGAACUGACGUUGUGCUGCUGUACAAGGGUCGUGCUCUGGGAGAACACCCUCCGCAUUUGUUUGCCAUAGCAAAUGCUGCUUACUCCAAAAUGAUGGAUGCCAAAGAAAACCAGGUCAUAAUAAUCAGUGGGGAGAGUGGGUCUGGAAAAACGGAGGCCACCAAACUUGUGCUUCGCUACCUGGCUGCAAUAGAUCACAAUUCAAAUCCUGUGCAACAGAUUGAGAUCCUUGAGGCAGCGCCUCUGCUGGAAUCCUUUGGAAAUGCCAAAACUGUGCGAAACAAUAAUUCUAGCCGCUUUGGGAAAUACAUAGAGGUCUACCUGGAGGAUGGUAUAAUCAGUGGUGCCAUAACCUCUCAGUAUCUGCUGGAAAAGUCGCGCAUUGUCUUCCAGGCCAAAGACGAGAGGAACUAUCACAUCUUCUACGAGAUGCUGGCAGGUCUUCCUUCUCAGCAGAAACAGGCUUUCUACCUGCAAGAUGCUGAAACCUACUAUUACCUCAACCAGGGAGGGGACUAUUUGAUAAGAGGAAAGAGUGAUGCAGAAGAUUUCCGGCGUCUGCUCUCUGCCAUGGAAAUCCUUCACUUCACCCCCGAGGACCAGUCGGCCAUCUUUAGAGUCCUCGCUUCCAUACUGCACCUGGGCAACGUUUACUUUCAGAAACAUGAGGCUGAUGGCCAGGAGGUGGCGUCAGUGGUGAGCGCGCAGGAGAUCAGGGUGGUGGCAGAACUGCUGCAGAUCUCACCAGAAGGACUACAGAAAGCCAUCACGUACAAAGUCACGGAGACAAUGAGGGACAAAAUCUACAGCCCUUUGAGUGUGGAAAAUGCUGUUGAUGCCAGAGAUGCUGUUGCCAAGAUUCUGUACUCGCUUAUCUUCCACUGGUUAACCGAGAGGAUCAACGCUCAGGUGUACCCUCGCCAACACGGCCUCUCCAUCUCUAUUCUGGACAUUUAUGGAUUUGAGGAUCUGGCCUUCAACAGCUUCGAGCAGCUCUGCAUUAAUUAUGCAAACGAAUACCUGCAAUUCUUCUUCAACAGGAUCGUGUUCAGGGAGGAACUGGAGGAGUACAGCAGGGAGCAGAUCCCGUGGCAGGACAUCACCUUUAACGACAACCAGCCCUGCAUCGACAUCAUCGCUGCUAAGCCUCAUGGGAUACUGAGGAUUCUGGACGACCAGAGCUGUUUCCCUCAGGCAACAGACCACACUUUUCUGCAAAAGUGUCACUAUCACCAUGGCCACAAUCCGCUGUAUGUGAAGCCAAAGAUGCCGCUCCCAGAGUUCACCAUCAAGCACUUUGCUGGCCGGGUCACCUACCAGGUUUAUAAGUUCCUUGAUAAGAACUACGAUCAGGUUCGGCAGGAAGUUUUGGACCUGUUCAUUCAGAGCAGAAACAAGAUGAUGUCAAACCUGUUCCUGGCUCACGCAGACGCCGUGGCUCAGCAGAGAGGAGGAGGCCACAUGAGGAAGAGCAGCUCAGUCACCAGGAAGUACCAGCCGCCCACCGUCAGCAGCAAGUUCCAGCAAUCGCUGCUGGAGCUCGUGGAAAAGAUGGAGAGGUGCAACCCUUUUUUUGUUCGCUGCAUUAAGCCAAACAAUAUGAAGCGGCCAGCCGUGUUUGAGGACGAGCUGGUCAGCAGCCAGCUGCGACACUCCGGGGUCCUGGAGACCAUCAGGAUCCGCCGAGAGGGCUACCCGGUCAGAAUGCCAUUCUACGUCUUUCUCUUCAGGUAUAAGUCUCUGGUUGGACUUAAACAGCCGCCUCCAGCAAACGGAGAAAACUGUGUGAUUAUGCUGAGCAAGCUGUGUCCCCUCCGACCCGGGGCCUUCCACAUUGGGGUCACGAAGCUGUUUCUGAAGGAGGACGUAUACCAGCUGUUGGAGUGCAAACGAGAGCGAUGCCGAGGGCUCGCUGCGCUCACUCUGCAGCGCUACGCCCGCAUGUUCUUCGUCAGGAAGCGAUUUGUCGAAUUUCGCAACAAGAUCAUCGGGUUUCAGGCGCACAGCAAGGGCUUCCUUCUCAGGAAGCGCUACGUGAAAAUGAGGGAGAGUCUGGUCCGGUUCCGCUCUUAUGUGCGAAUGUAUGUCAACCGCAAACAAUACAUAAAGAUGAAGUUUGAAGCCAAGAGGAAAGUUGAAGAAGAAAGGAGGAAGAGAGAGAUGGAGCUGACGAAGCGCGAAGUGGUGAAUGUAACCCAUCUUGUGAUUCCUGCAGAACUUGGCGCUCUCCUGCAGACGGCAGCAGUCAGGAGGGAGCUGCACGCAGACUGCUUGGCCUUGCUGCAGGCUCCUCACAUCCAGGAAGAAGCUCAGCUCACUUUGCCUCUGGACAUCAACAAUCAUCCUUUUUACCGCUACGUACAGGUCCACUUCAGGGAGCCAAAAUUUGGGAUGCUAAUGGUUCCUCUGGAGUUACCUCUAACCAAAGUGGAGGAUGACCUCAGGAGAGAGGCUCUAGAGCUUUUCAACAUGGUUUUGCGGUUUAUGGGGGACCCUCACCUGAACGGGGCUCAGGAAAACCUGUUUGGGAAUUAUGUCGUCCAAAGGGGGCUGACGUCUCCGGGUUUACGAGACGAGAUCCUGGCUCAGGUCGUCAAUCAGGUGUGGAGAAACACGAACCUUGAAAACGCAGAGAGGGGCUGGCUGCUGCUGCUGGCGUGUGUUUCCAGCUUCGCCCCUUCGCCCAAGAUGGAGAAACAUCUGCUGAAGUUUGUGUCAGAUCAUGCCCCUGCUGGUUGCCAGGCGCUACUGCAGCACAGACUCAUCCAAGCCAAUCAGAAGAUGCAGCAAAGCCUCGGCUCUUUCCCCGAAGCUGCGCGGACCUAUCCGCUGUCUCUGCUGGAGUGGACAGCCAAUAGGAAGAAGGCAAACAUGGUGCUGCAGGUGCACUGCUUUGAUGGAGGAUCUUUCCUGUGUCCCGUUCAUUCUUGGACCAGUGGGGAGGAUUUAGCGGGACAUAUCCUGCGUCACAGAGGAGUGUCCGACUGGUGGAGGGGGAGUUCGGUUCUGAUGAAGGAGCAGAGCCAGUGGGUGGAGUUAGCCGGCCAUGACUACGUGCUGGACCUGAUAGCGGACCUGGAGCUUCCUGUGGACUUCCCCAAGCAGAAGAGCUACUUCAUCAUCAGCACUGAUAACCCAGCUAGAGUCAGAGCUAAUACCAGCCUCACCUUGUUGGGCAGCGGCUUUGACUCAGACGAGGAGCUUCCAUCUUCCUUUCCUCUCAGCAGCAGCGGCAGCAGACCGGCCUACAGCCUGCCUGACUCUGAUGGUUACUACAGUCACGCAGAGUCAGACACGUUCAGCGACGGUCAGACUCAGAGAGGAAUGGACCGCUACCUGGACAGCCUGUUUGACCCGGUUCUAUCAGACGACGGCGUGAACAUGGAAAAGGCCGCCUUGUCUACCAGAAUGAAGGGAGGAGGAGGCGUCGGCGUCGCAGGGGAAGGCCGUGGAGAGGGGCAAGCGACUCCCACCCGGCCUUAUCCGCCGGGGAUUCGUCCUGGAGCUGUCCCAGUGCUCCCAGUGGCCGGAGGAAUGAUGCCCCCCAGGCCAGUCCCCUCCCACCACCGUCACCAAGAACGACCUCAGCAACAAGAGGAAGAGCCGCAGCAGCCCGAGUUCCAUCAAUACAACCGUCCCCAACAGCCCUACCCUCCACCCGCCUCCCCCACUCCCACUCCUUUGCCCACUCGCGCCCCCGCUUCAGUGCCCACAGCAGCCCAAGCAGCUGCGAGGGAAACGGACGCGUCGUCUUAUAUCGGGGGCGUCCCGGGGAUGCCUGCUCUCCCGACGAUGCCCGCAGUCCCGGGCUUACCUGUGAUGACAGGUGUGCCAGGACCGGAGCAGGUGGUGCUGACUCAGCAGCAACAAGCCAUCAUCAACCAGCAAGCUAUCAUUCUGGCGCAGCAGAUGACCAUGCAGGCCAUGGCGAUCCAGCAGCAGAUGUUGUCGUCCUUCCCUCCUGUUGCUCCAGCCCCCAAGACACCACCACCGCACCACCACGCAAACCCGCCGCAGCGCUCACACACACCGAGCCCUUCCAAAGAGAGCGGCGAGUCGCACAAGUCCAGCCCUGCUGCCGUCCAGCGAAAAACGAGCACGACACGUGGGCCGCCUCCUGAGGAUGUCGUCCGGUCCAGUGUGAGCAACACGGAGCGAAUCGACCCGAGCCACGAUAUCAAAGACAUAAUCAAGCAGCACCAGCCUGCAGACACAACAUCCUCAGCGGGGUCUCCAACUCAAAGGAAAAGUGACGGGAAGAAGUUUGCCAAGAAACCUGACCCUCAUGAUGAAGCCAUGGAGAUCCUGAAAGAUCAAAUGGCAAAUCCCCCGCAACCGUCACAGAAGAAGCCUCCGCCCUCCCAACCCAAGGAAGAGGAAAAAGUAAAAGCUGUCAAGGUAGCCAAGCCUCAACCUGCAGAGUCUGCAGCCAGCUCCAUCAUGAUCCCGUCCCAUCCUCCAGUCUCUAGAGAUUUACCAGUGGAAGAGGAGAAUAUUCAGACUCAACUCCAUAGCAGAACCAGUGAUGAGUAUUACACCUACUCCAAUGUCCCAUGGAAACUCUUCAUGAGGAAGGAGGUUUUCUACCCUAAAGAGAACUUGAAUAACCCUCUGAUCCUGGACCUAAUUUUCAGACAGAUCGUACAUGAUACCUUCUCCGAAGCCUGUGUCCGCAUCACUCAGGAAGAGAGACAGAAGAUGAAAGACCUUUUCGUGGAGAACAAGGUGGAUCAGGCUUCAGGAACGCAUGACGAAAGCGUAAAGAAAAAAGCGGUGGCCAUGGCCAAAGACUCUUGGGAGAUCUACUUCUCCCGCCUCUUCCCCGCCUCUGGCAGCGUGGGAACGGGAGUGCAGGUCUUGUCCGUGUCGCAUAAAGGCAUCAAGCUGCUGAAGCUGGUGAAGAGCGGCUCGACCGCUUCAGACUACUUCAGGGUGCUGAGGCCUUACAGCUACUCGGACAUCCUGUUUGUGUCUAUCCCGUCGAAGAACAUGCUGGAGUUCAACUUGACCAACGAGAAGCUGAUUCUGUUCUCUGCCAAAGCGCCGCAGGUCAAACAUAUGAUCGACUACUUCCUCACGGAGCUCAAGAAGGACUCUGAGUACAUGGUGGCAGUGAGGAAUUACAUCACUGAGAACAGGAAUCACCUCAGCUUCCAUAAAGGCGACAUCAUCCGGCUGCAGCACAUGGAUGGGCUGGAAUCUGGAAAGCAAUAUGGCUGCAUUGUGAGGAAAACUGUCAUGCUUCUGGAGGAGCUGAAGAGGGACACUCCAGAGUUUGGUUGGCGUUUCGGGGCUGUUUUUGGACGGUCCGGUGUGUUUCCCAGCGAUUACGUCCGUCCUGUAGCUGCUCCUGACUUCCUCUUCCUGCCAGCGGAGCGGGCGGAGCCCCGCGACAGGCACGGACGGGUUGCCGCAUCAGCUGCCGUUGCUGUGGCGAUGGGCUCGGCUGUAGCCGCCCAUGAGCUCGAGCUCUCCACAGAGGUCGUGAACGAGAUGUAUGGGGACAGCUGGAGUGUGGAAAUGGAUGAUUUGCCUUUGCACAGCAAUCAGUAUUUAAUGACGGAGUUUGCCAAGAAGUACUUCAGAGAAGCCCAGAGGAACAGGAGUGACCAGAAAGCCAAAAAAGGGAAGGAGGCCAGAGAUCCUGCUGAUAUGGUCAAAUUCUCCAAGUCUCCAGUCCAUGAGUCUCUGAUUGACUUCUCUGACAGCGGGAUGAACAGAGUGGCUGCUGAUAUCUCUAUAGCUGUGAUGAAGUUUAUGGGAGAUUUUCCAAUGAAAGGCCAGACUGAGCAGGACCUGGUGGCUGCUAUACUAAAGUUAAGUAGCGACCACGGUCUGAUAAAGGACGAAGCCUACUGCCAAGUGAUGAAGCAGGUCACUAACAACACCAGUUCCAAACAGGAUAGCUGCCAGAGAGGAUGGAGGCUGCUGUACAUCCUAACAGCUUUUCAUCGCUGCUCCGACGUCAUGAAGCCGUUCCUGCUGACGUUCCUGCAGGAUGCCUGCGACAGCCCUGGGAUGCCAUACCAAGGUAUCGCCAAGGCUUGUCAGGAGAAUCUGAAGAAGACAUUCCAAUAUGGAGGACGUAUUCAGUAUCCUAACAGUAUGGAGAUCAAGGCAAUACUGGCUGGGCGCAGCUCAAAGAGACAACUUUUCCUGCUUCCGGGUGGGAUUGAAAGGCACUUGAAAAUCAAAACAUGCUCUGUUGCGUUGGACGCGAUUGAGGAGCUCUGCUCAGAAAUGGGACUACAAAGACUGGAGGCGUUGGACGAAUAUGCAGUCUUUCUGGUGACACACAGAGGUCAGAACGUGCGUCCCCUGAACAAGCGUGAGUACAUCUUGGACAUCGCCACAGAGGCCGAGCCAGUGGAUGCCAACUACAGUCUGUGGUUUAGAAGGGUCGUAUGGAGUCUGGCUCUUAAACUUGACAAUGAGCUUUACGUCACCAUGCACUACAACCAGGUCUUACCAGACUACCUGAAGGCUUUGCUGGGUGUAGUUCCUCAAGGUAAGCCCAGUGACCAGCAUAUGCAACAGAUUGCCAGGCUGGGCGCCCUACAGCAUCGUGCCAAGGACGCCAUCUACCUGCCCACGCUCCGCGAGGUGCAGGAAUGUGUCCCCUCACAGUUCUACAGCAAACAGGGCUCCCAACAAUGGCUGAACAUGGUGACGCAGCACAUGCAGUACGUCCAGCCUUUAAACCCACACCAGGCCCGUGCACAGUUCCUGGGUCUGGUCAGUGCCUUCCCCAUGUUUGGCUGCUCGUUCUUCUACAUACAGAGUUUGAGCUCUUCAUCUAUCCAGGCGCCCUGCAUCCUGGCAGUGAACCUGAACGGACUGCACUUUCUUAACAAGGACACCCAUGACGCCAUGGUGCGUUUCCCGCUGAAGGAGGUACAGUCGACCCGCACCCAGAGACCAACUUCAGGGUCCAGUUACCCGUACGUGGAGAUUAUGAUCGGAGACCUGCUCAACCAGCGAAUCACGCAGCUGCAGCUGGAGCAGGGCCUGGAGCUGUGCCGAGUCAUUGCCAUGCACAUGGAGAACAUGCUGUCGUUCAGAGAGAAGAGACUCACCUUGCCACCAAGUGAAAUCACCCUGCUAUAGCACAGAAAUCACCAUGGAUGGACACAAAAAUCCUUCUUUAGUGCCCCAUGAGGGCACCUUAUCUACCUCUAAAAUGUUUGAAUAUUUUGAUAGUUUUAUACUCUCAUUUUAUUUUACCUAAGAUGAGCAUGUGCAUUUAUUGAAAUUAGAUGUGAGUUUGUGCUCAGCAAAAGGAAGAAGUUCCUCUUGUAGGUGUGCAAAGUGUUUUCCUGGCAGUUUACCAUUCUACUAAAACAGAUAUGCAAAUUGAAUAAUCUGCAUGUUUAACCUUGCCUUGCUUGACAUUAACAAAUGGUCAUGGUUUCACAUGAUGCACUGUCUGUCAUUAGACUUGAAUAUGCAUUCAAAUUCAGCCUCAUAAAUCAGAUUCAAGAUGUUCUUCUUGUUUAUGUGCAGAUAGAAGCUGGAGAAUGCAACCAACUCAAUUCUUUUUCUCCUCUUUGCCAUGUAAACAAAGGCAAAUAACUAAUCAGAUAGCACUAAGUAGGACCAGAUUUUGGUGAAUAAAGUUUGAAGCCACAUUAAUGAACUGUAUGCACAGAAUAAAUUUAUUUUAGUACAUUGAAUAUUUUAUAACAAUGUCUACAAUUAAUGUAUUUGACUAA